AUGUUAAGAAUAAGCUGUUUAUAUCGACUACCAAAUGCACUGCACUACAGCCAAUCCUUCAGCCAUUGGAAACAGGCACCGGCAACGUUUCGGUUAUUUCAUGUGGACGCCGCACGCCUCAAACGCCGGAAAACAGCCGAAGAGAAGAAAUCCCCGCGAAUUAUAGAGUAUUCACCGAAAAAAGCGCAGCCGGCGAAUGGAUUGCCGUCUGGAGGAUCGGAAAUCUGGAGGCACAUGAGCGUGGCGCAGUUGGCCAAGGUGCUGCAAAGGCCAGUCGAUGACGUCCAGGAGGCCAUGUUGUACGUAAAAGGCGCUGAUAACAUCGAACCCGCCGCCAAGCUGCCGGAUCUCAAAAUCAUCCAAGAAAUAGCUAAAAAGCUGGGAGCCAAGACCCGCGUGGUGGCCACACCAGAAGCAUCCUGCGAAGACGAUCAGAAGGAGCGUGAUGUGACGCCCAGGCCGCCUGCGCCACCAGAGCUGCUACAGCCUCGCCCCCCCGUUGUCACUGUCAUGGGCCAUGUGGAUCACGGCAAGACAACGCUGUUGGACUCGUUGCGUGGUGCAGAUGUGGCAGCUGGAGAGGCUGGUGGCAUCACCCAACACAUCGGUGCCUUUACUGUGACUCUGGAGAACGGCGAACAGGUCACGUUUCUCGACACUCCGGGCCACGCAGCUUUCAGUGCAAUGAGAGCACGCGGUGCUGUGGCCACUGACAUCAUAGUGCUGGUGGUGGCCGCCGAGGAUGGCGUCAUGGCGCAGACACGCGAAGUCAUCCAGCUGGCCAAGGAGGCGCAGGUGCCCAUAAUCGUGGCCCUCAACAAGAUCGAUAAGCCCGAGGCGGAUAUUGAAAAGAGCAAGCGAGAGCUGGCGCAAAUGGGUCUGGCGCUCGAGGAGCAUGGCGGCGAUAUCCAGGUCAUACCCAUUUCGGCUCUAAAGGGCACCAACUUGCAGUUGCUCGCCGAGGCAGUCAGCACACAAGCUACUCUCAUGGGGCUGAAGUCGGAUCCCUCGGGUCUGGUCGAGGGAAUUGUGGUGGAGUCAAAAACAGACCCCCGACGUGGGAAGCUUUCCACUGCCAUAGUGUCCCGAGGCACACUACGCAAAGGUUCUGUGCUGCUGAGUGGUUUGGCGCAUGCCAAGGUUCGAGGUCUGUUCGACCAUAAUGGAAAGCCUCUAACUGAAGCGCCUCCUGGUACCCCAGUGGAGAUUCUUGGCUGGCGAGAGCUGCCACUGGCUGGCGAUCUUAUACUGGAGGUGGAAACGGAGAAAAAAGCACAUGCAGUGUUGAAGUAUCGCGAGCACGAGGCUCAGCAGGAGAAGAUCGAGUCCAGCAGCGAGGAGAUACGAAAAAAGGAUGAGGAGCAUCAGGCCACGUAUCGGGCAGCGCGCGAGGCCCGUCGCCUAGCAGGACGCUUUCGCAUGCGCGGUGGCCAGCGGGUCAAACAGGUGGACGAGAACGAAGGCAAGCCGCGUGUCAGUGUCAUCAUCAAGGGAGAUGUGCAUGGCUCUGUGGAGGCGAUACUGGAUGUGCUGGAGACCUACAGCAGCAACGACAUCUGCCGCCUAGACAUUGUGCACUACGGCGUGGGCAACGUAACAGAGGGGGACCUAGAGCUUGCCAAAGCAUUCGAUGCUAUUAUCUACGCUUUUGCUGUGGAGACGCCCCAGAACAAGGCCACCAAAGAUGUGAAUGUGCGAAGCUACAAUAUAAUCUAUCGGUUGAUUGACGAUCUAAAGGAGCAACUUAGCAGCAAGCUGCCACCUGUGGAGGUGGAGGAAGUUCUGGGAGAGGCCAACGUACUGCAGAGUUUCAUCAUCAACGAGGGACGCAAAGAGGUGCCCGUGGCUGGGUGUCGCUGCACCAAGGGCGUACUGAAGAAGGCCCAAAAGUUCCGAUUGGUGCGUGAAGGGGAAGUUGUCUACGAUGGACAAUUGGAGUCGAUGCGUCAUCUGAAGAACGAAGUGGAUUCGAUCAAAAAGGACGUGGAGUGUGGACUGCGCUUAAAGGAUGCCAAGGUGCUGCCGCAGGCCGGCGACAUACUCCAAUGCUACACCACGCACAUGGAGGCCCAGCAAACGGAUUGGGAUCCAGGUUUCUAGUAGAUGAGCGCAGUUUCGAGAAUCAUCAUUAGAUUGUUGCCUCUGCCUUGUUAUCGCUAUUAUAUACAUAUUAUAUCUAUAGUUUUCUAUUA